AUAAAAGGUGUCGCGCAGGUUCCGCCCGGGCUCCGUCAUUCAGCCGCCCGGGGCCUGGCGCCGCCGCCGCCGCCGGCCUCCUCCGCGCCGCGGCCCUCGGUCCGCCCCCCUCCUCCCGCCCGCCCUCUCUCGUGGUGCCGCCGGCCGGUGUAAGCGGCGACCGCGCUUCCGCCCCGGCUUAUCGGCGGGCGCCGGUUGUCCUCCCCGCCCCUUCCUCCCGUUCCUUCCCCCCCACCCCCCCCCCGUCCCCGCCCCGGUCCCCUCUCCCGCCGGCCGGGCCCCGGAGCGCCGCCGCCGUCGGGGUGUGAGCGGGGCCCGGCGCCGUGCCGGGCCGUCCCCUCGCCGGCGGGGCCAUGGCCGCGAGCGCCAAGCGGAAGCAGGAGGAGAAGCACCUGAAGCUGCUGCGGGAGAUGAGCAGCCUCCCGCCCAACCGCAAGUGCUUCGACUGCGACCAGCGCGGCCCCACCUACACCGACAUGACGGUGGGCAGCUUCGUGUGCACCUCCUGCUCCGGCAUCCUACGGGGCUUGAAUCCACCCCACAGAGUGAAGUCAAUUUCAAUGACUACUUUCACACAACAGGAAAUAGAAUUUCUGCAGAAACAUGGAAAUGAAGUGUGCAAACAGAUUUGGCUAGGCCUAUUUGAUGAUAGAUCAUCAGCAAUUCCAGACUUCAGGGAUCCACAGAAAGUAAAGGAAUUUCUACAGGAAAAAUAUGAAAAGAAAAGAUGGUAUGUUCCUCCAGAGCAAGCAAAGGUGGUGGCAUCGGUCCAUGCAUCCAUAUCAGGGUCUUCUGCUAGUAGUACAAGCAGCACACCUGAGGUGAAGCCACUCAAAUCUCUCUUGGGAGAAGCGGCACCUGCACUGCACUUAAACAAGGGCACACCUAGCCAAUCUCCUGUUGUAGUUCGAUCUCAAGGACAGCAGCAACAAGAAAAGAAACAAUUUGACCUCCUCAGUGACCUUGGCUCAGAUAUCUUUGCUGCUGCUCCUCCUCAGUCAACUGCUACAGCAAAUUUUGCUAAUUUUGCACACUUCAACAGUCAUACAGCGCAGAACUCUGCAAAUGCAGGUUUUGCAAACUUUGAUGCAUUUGGACAGCCUAGUGGCUCGAGUAAUUUUGGAGGUUUCCCCACAGCAACUCAGUCUUUUCAGCCCCAAAAUACAGCGUUCAGAACGCUUUCAUCUAGCUGCAGUUUUGGUGAAUUUACUUCAGCUUUUCCUCUUCAGGCUGUACACAGUGGAAGUGCUGGAUCAGUGAAUGCUAACUUUGCUCACUUUGAUAACUUCCCCAAAUCCUCCAGUGCUGAUUUUGGAGCCUUCAAUGCUUCUCAGAGCGGCACAACAGCAACUGCAGCCAGUAAAGCUGCAGUGAAUAAACCCAGUCUCCAGUCAGCUGACAAAUAUGCAGCUCUUGCUAAUUUAGAUAAUAUCUUCAGUGCAGGGCAAGGUGGCAGUGAGCAAGGAAGUGGCUUCAGUACAGUAGUGUCAGCAUCAGCAGGUCCUGCGCUGUCAGCCCCAAAUCAGUCAAGUGCAUCUUCAGACAAGUAUGCGGCUCUAGCAGAAUUAGACAGCGUGUUCAGCUCCACAGCAACCUCUAGUAACGCGUAUACUUCCACCAGUAAUGUUAGCAGCAAUGCUUUUGGAACAGUACCCGUGGCUGCUACUGCACAGACACAGCCUGCAUCUUCGAGUGUGCCUGCUCCAUUUGGAGCAACACCUUCCACAAAUCCAUUUGUAGCUGCCCCUGUUGCCCCAGUGGCACCUUCAACAAAUCCAUUCCAGACCAAUAGCCGAGGAGCAACAGGCCUCUCGGGAGCAAUGCACUCUCACAUAUUUCCUCAGGCUCAUUUUGCAGCAACAUUUGGUACUGCAUCCAUGAGCAUGCCUGCAGGAUUUGGAACUCCUGCCUCCUACAGUCUUCCUACUAGUUUUAGUGGCAACUUCCAGCAGCCCACAUUCCCAACCCAGGCAGCUUUCCCUCAACAGACUGCUUUUGCUCAGCAGCCAAAUGGAGCAGGUUUUGCUGCAUUUGGACAGGCAAAGCCUGUAGUAACUCCUUUUGGACAAGUUGCAGCUGUUGGAGUACCUAGUAACCCUUUUAUGGCUGGUGCACCAACAGGACAAUUUCCAACAGGAAGCUCAUCAACCAAUCCUUUCUUAUAGCCUUAUAGACACUUUACCCAAAAGAACUCUUAUGUGGUCACAUAACAUCUCUGCGCCUCUUGCACUGUUGUCUUGUUUCACUGAUAUUAGCUUUAAACACAAAAGAAGUCUUUAAGAAGUAAAAAUAAAAGCCUGCAUUGUGUACCUUUAAAAAAUUAAAAAAAAAAUAAAUACACAAAA